AUGAACAGAAAAGGUAAUAUUAUCCUUAUCCCGAAUAUUAAGAUACAUUCCAGGCACUAUUCCUAUAUGGCUAAAAGCUUUAUUGAUAUAGAUAUGUCAACUUUAAAAAUAUAUAGUAAAAGAGAGAAAAAAUUUUUUUUUAAUUUUCUUCUAAAGUUUUUUAUAUGUGCACUUUUAAUUUGGAUAUUACAAUGCCACUAUAAUAUCUUGGAAUCACAAAAAAGAUAUGAUAUAUUAGGUCUAGGAGCUAAAAGAUCAUUAGCAGAAUGUAAAGAUGCAAUAAAACAAAAAAACAAAGGAUUAAAAUGCUAUGACCAGCAGGAUAUAAUAGAAAUAAAUUUAGAAUCAAAUAAUGAUCAAAAAGAGAUAGAAUAUAAUAUGAGUAUAGAAAAAGGAAAUGAAAUAGAGGAAACGGAGAAGAAUAAAAAAGUAGAAGUUAAUGAGAGAAUUUUAGGUAUUUGUAAAAAUAAUUUAAAACUAUUUUUAUCAUUCUUUGCUUUUCUUCUGUCAUUUUCUUCAUGUGCAUUAUAUGCAUUGAACAAUAUUACCAAAAAUAUGUCUUCAAUAGAUUAUACUGUAUUUCAUACUUUAGCUCUUUCAUUAAUUUCAAUCCUUUUUAUAUACGAAAAAAAAAAGGGAAAAAAAAUAUAA